AUCGAACACGAUCAUACGCGUAUAAGUUACAAAAUGUACUGAAUUGCGUAUUAAAUUAAUUUACCGACUAGGCAUUGAGUGGUCAAUCAUCGUCUUUCCGUUUAUUUCAAUUCUUACUCUCGCGAUACAUGGCCGUUACCGCGACUAAUAUUUAAUUCAUUAAGAAAUUAAGAUUUACUACGGCAAUAUUAUACGCAUAUAAUUAUAUUUAUCAAUAAUACAAUUAUUUAGUGUGAAUAAAUUUUAAUAAUAAUAAAUAUAUGGAUCAGACACAGGAAAUUAUUGGAGACGUAUUGAUAAAUGUGUACCUUACACUUGACGGAAAAUGUAAGACCCUGAAAUUAUUUCAAAGCAUGUAUGAGAGGAAUAGUAACAAGAUUUUCUAUAUAAAUACAAUCAAAUAGCCAAAGAUUAUUUACUGUAAAUUAGUUCACCUGUAUAAACAGUGCUUGGUAAGUUUUGGUAUCGUAUACGAAUGAUAGUAGCAAUUUUUAAAUAUUCUAAUAAUUGAUGUAUACUUUUUCUUUCAGUAUUAAUGGUACACACUAUACUAGUAUUUAAUAAUAAUUAAUGAUGCAUUUGAAAUAUAUAUUUUGGUUCGGUUUGGUCGUCUUUUUAAAUUCUAUUGCAAUGUUACAAAGCGUAAGAACUUGGAGCGAUAAACAACUCUUCCCUUCAAAUAAAAUACCGGAAGAUGGCUUGAGUCCUCGUCGAUCGGUGGUGCGAAGAAAAAUAGUACUUUAUCAUAAUUUUUUUCGAACCAAAGUUAGACCUACUGCUUCCAACAUGCUACUAAUGUCGUGGCAUCCACUAGCUGCUCGUCAAGCUCAAAAUUAUGCGGAGAGAUGCGUUUUCUUACAACACAAUGACGCGGCUGAAAACACUGUGCCCUAUUUAGGUUCAUGCGGACAAAAUCUUUUCGUUGCUUCACGGAAGACUCCAUGGUUCUUCGCGAUAAAAAAUUGGUUUCUGGAGUAUCAAAAUUUUACAUAUGGGGCUCCGAUAAGAAAUCUUAAGGCAGUAGGACAUUACACACAGAUGGUUUGGGCGACUUCGCAUAAAGUCGGUUGCGGAGUUGCACAUUGUCCAGGAGGUCCUUGGGGUACCUUCUACAACUACGUGUGUCAUUAUUGCCCAGCCGGCAACGUGGAAACCAUAAUUCAGUAUCCAUACAAGAUCGGCCCUCAAUGCGGUGACUGCCCUGAAAGUUGCGUGUCUGAUGCACUUUGUACCAACUCUUGUCCGGUUAAAGACUUUUACUCUAACUGUAAUGAUCUUGUGAGAGUUGCUAAUGUCUGUCCACAAGGUACUUGUAAUGCAACAUGCACUUGUGGGAGUCAAAGGUUACACAAGAAUUAUCCUUGGUAGAAGAUAUUAUUAUAUUUAAAAUGUUAAAGUCCAUCAUUGAGUUAAAGUAAUAUUUAAUAUAUCUUACAGAGGCUCUAGUGGUUACGCGCGCAUAAGGUAAGGUAAUAUUACAGUAGGGUUUUAAUCUUUGUCAAACUCAUUGUAGAGCUCAUGUACUGUAUAACUGUACAAUACUGUAUUUUUCAGUCAUCGAUGCUAAAAGCUGUUUUUAUAAUAAUAACUUAUUUAGAUAACUAUAACUACUUUACUUAUUAAGUACACUAAAGCCACGUGACCUUGAUUAGCAACUCUUGAUAAGAUUCUUAGUAAAAUUAUUUAAGUGAUUAAGAAAUAUAUUUUUUUAUUUAGC